CAAUUAAAUUCUGGGAUUGUUAUGUACACUUUGUUUUUGGCAAAAUUACAGAAAAGGAAAAAAAAAAAAAAGAUUUUUAACAGAAAGAGGAAUGUGGGUAUGUGGAGAGUUUGCUUUAUAGAGUCAGCAAAGCCACUUUCUGGCUCUCUCCUCCUUUCCUUCUCCAAUUAAUAAUGUUUUCUUUCCAGGCAAACCAUUUCUCUUUGAUUUUUUAACUGAGAAAAGAAAGUAUUUUUAUAUUAGUUGUGUUUGGUACAAGGAAAAUGUAUAGAAGCUGACCUGGGUUGGUGCUUAAAAAUUCAAUCUUUUCACUUUUGAUUUGGUUAUUUGCUUAUGUGGGAUAUUGGGUUCUGUUCAUUUUAUAUAAAUUUUUUUAAGCAAGGAUAUUAUGUGGGUUUAGAUUAAUAGGAUUCCAGUUCAUGUCCUGUCACCAAAAACGCGUUUUUUGCUUAUCUUUGUCUUGAACGUGGUGGUGGUGCUGGUUGUUUUGCUUAUUGUCGCAAUCAGAUCUGCAAUUUUUGGCUUUGCGUAAAACACAUAGCCAGACAUUCUUGCUGAUCUACUUAGAAUCUCCCAGUGACAAGAUUAAGAGGUUCUUGUGUUUCUGAAGAGCACAGGGAGCACUGACUUUGUUCUGUUUCUGUGAGAUCGUUGAUAUCAAGAAAGUUGCACAUAGAUUCAGUUGGAUUGAAUAAUAGUCAUAAGGUCUUGAGUUGUGCUUUGGUAUAACAUGUUAUUGAGGCAAGUCAUUUGGAGUUCUUGAUCCCGGAAGCUAAGACAUCCAAGCGUUAUAUAAUGGCUUCUGGAGAAGGGAGGUGUCGUCGUGACAAUCUUGUGCCUCUUGCUGCGUUGAUCAGCAGAGAGAUGAAGAAUGAAAAGAUGGAGAAGCCAACUGUAAGAUGUGGUUCUGCAGCCCAGUCUAGGAAAGGGGAAGACUAUUUCCUGAUUAAGACUGAUUGUCAACGUGUACCAGGAAAUUCCUCAUCCACCUUUUCUGUGUUUGCGAUCUUUGAUGGGCACAAUGGAAAUGCCGCGGCAAUUUUUACUAGAGAGAAUCUAUUGAAUCAUAUUUUAGGUGCUAUUCCUCGUGGGCUUGGGCGGGAGGAGUGGCUUCAAGCCUUACCUCGAGCAUUGGUUGCUGGGUUUGUGAAGACUGACAAGGAGUUUCAGAGCAGAGGAGAAACAUCAGGCACUACAGCAACAUUUGUAAUAGUUGAUGGGUGGACAGUUACUGUUGCAUCAGUUGGAGACUCACGUUGUAUUUUAGAUGCUCAGGGCGGUGCUGUUUCCACCUUAACUGUGGACCAUAGACUUGAGGAGAAUGUAGAAGAGAGAGAACGUGUGACUGCAAGUGGUGGGGAAGUUGGAAGGCUUAGCAUUGUUGGUGGUGUUGAGAUUGGUCCACUCCGUUGUUGGCCUGGAGGGUUAUGCCUUUCUAGGUCAAUUGGAGACAUGGAUGUUGGAGAGUUUAUAGUUCCAGUUCCCUAUGUUAAGCAAGUGAAGCUAUCAAAUGCAGGUGGCAGGCUUAUAAUUGCUUCUGAUGGCAUCUGGGAUGCCCUUUCAUCUGAAAUGGCAGCAAAGUCUUGCCGUGGGUUGCCAGCUGAACUUGCCGCUAGACAAGUUGUGAAGGAAGCAUUAAGGACAAGGGGACUAAAGGAUGAUACAACCUGCAUAGUUGUUGACAUAAUUCCUCCUGAAAAUUCAGUACAACCCUUAACUCCACCCAAGAAACAGAACAAGCUUAGAGCCUUAUUAUUCAGGAAGAAAUCAAGAGAUGCUGCUAAUAAGCUAUCUAAAAAGCUUUCUGCUGUAGGCAUAGUUGAAGAAUUGUUUGAAGAAGGAUCAGCCAUGCUUGCGGAAAGACUAGGGAAUGAUGAAUCGACAACACAGUCGACUUCCGGUCUUUUUACAUGCGCUGUAUGUCAAGUUGACCUGGCUUCGAGUGAGGGUAUCUCUGUUCAUGCUGGUUCAAUCUUCUCUACCAGUUCAAAGCCCUGGCAAGGACCUUUCCUUUGUGCUGAUUGUCGCGAUAAGAAGGACGCCAUGGAAGGAAAACGCCCAAGUGGGGUUAAAGUGGCAUAAAUAUCUUGCUUCCUUCAUUCUUUAUCUCUUAAUUUUUUUUUUUCUUUUAAACAGCAAUUUUCUAGGUCAGGCAAUUAUCUGAAUGCCACUACGAUGAUGCCACAAAUGUAUAUGUAAUAUUCAAAUAAUGGGAAAUGAGUUUUCGCAAUUCAGGCAGAGUUGGUUUGA